ACGCAUAAUACCCACCCUCUGUCACAGACACCCUACGCUUGUCGUUUAAGCAAAAACUAAAACCCACCUCCCUCACUUUCUCUUUCUCCAACCCACUUCCAGCUUUUCCUGCACUUUCAGUUGAUUAGCUCAAACUUUGCAGGCUUGAGGUUCAGGAAAACAAUCCAAUCUAAUCCAAUCCAAAGUUUCCAAGAAAGGAUGGCUUCAUUUCAAACCCCAAUUGGAAUGCGAAGUUCCACUAUGCUUGAAACCUCAUGUGGAUAUCUACUUAAGGAGUUGCAGAUGAUUUGGGACGAAGUGGGAGAAGAUCAGUUUGACAGAGAGAAAGUUCUUCUGGAUUUAGAACAGGAAUGUCUAGAAGUUUACCGGAAAAAAGUUGAUGGCGCAAACGUGUCGAGAUCUCGACUUCAUCAAGAACUUGCAGAAGCCGAGGCUGAGUUUACGCAUCUUCUGUUGUCCCUUGGAGAAUGUUCUCUUCCUGGACGGCCAGAAAAGAUGGCGGGAACUUUGAAAGAGCAGCUUGAUUCCAUAACUCCAGCUCUAAGGGAGAUGCGGCUGAGAAAAGAGGAAAGGAUGAAACAGUUCAGAGACGUACAAGGACAAAUCCUGAAAAUUUCUGCAGAAAUAGUGAAUGAAAAUGAUGAUUCCACUCCUAUUGUCAUAGUGAAUGAGAAUGAUCUUUCUCUGAAGAAACUUGAGGAAUAUCAGAAUGAGUUACAGAGACUUCACAGUGAAAAGAAUGAAAGGCUUCAGAGAGUGGAGAAAUAUAUAGACACAGUCCAUAAACUGUCUGCAACAUUGGGGAUAGAUGCUUCCACGAUCAUCACCAAGAUUCACCCAAGCUUGGACGAGCCAUUUGGAAGAUCAAAAAACAUCAGCGACUCCAUUUUAGAAAAGCUUAAACGUACGGUGGAGUCUCUUAAAGAAGAAAAGCAGCAACGGCUUGAAAAGCUUCACAGUCUAGGGAAAGCAUUGACAAACUUGUGGGAUCUUAUGGAUUCACCUUAUGGCGAUCGCCGACUAUUUUCCCAUGUAAUUCGACUAUUAUCAGUUUCAUCACCUGAAAUAUCUGAUCCUGGGAGCCUUGCGUUAUAUAUAAUCGAGCAGGCUGAGGCUGAAGUCAAGAGACUUGAUCAACUGAAAGCAAGCAUGAUGAAAGAGCUAUUUAUCAAGAAACAGAAAGAGCUGGAAGAUAUAUGCAACAAAUCGCACAUGGAGAUACCUUCAAGAUUAGAAAUGGAAAAGAUCAUAAAUCUUAUAAAUUCUGGGGAAAUUGAUCAUGUCAAUCUCCUAACAAGCAUGGAUGAACAAAUAUUAAGAGCAAAAGAAGAAGCAUCUAGCCGGAAGACUAUAAUGGAGAAAGUUGAGAAAUGGAUGUUAGCAUGUGAUGAAGAGCGGUGGUUGGAAGAAUACAGCAUGGACCAAAGCCGAUACUCAGUCAGCAGAGGUGCUCACAAGAAUCUCAGACGUGCAGAACGAGCAAGAAUAACAGUCAACAAAAUUCCAGCUUUGGUGGAAUUGCUCUUGGCUAAGACUAAGAGCUGGGAGGCAGAAAGAAGUAAAGUGUUCUUGUAUGAUGAGGUGCCUUUGCUAGCAAUGCUGGAGGAAUAUAAUGCCCUGAGACAGGAAAAAGAGGAAGAGAAGAUGAGACUAAGACAGGAGAAAAAAAAAUUUCAAACCCAGGUAGCAAUCGAGCCAGAAAACAUCUAUGGAUCAAGACCAAGCACCAGCAGUCGGCGUCUUUCAAAUGCUAGCAUUAAUGGAGGUUAUAGCAAUGCCAUAACUUUGAACAGAAGGCUUUCUCUAGGAAUCCAGCAAUUGGGAUCAAACAGCACAAAUUCAGCAAAUGUAGGCACCUCUUUCAUGAAGGAAGGGAAAACCUCACCUGAACAGCAUACGCCUCUUCGGCACAACCUUGUUUCUCAGAUCAGAGAUGAAACAGCUUCAGUGGUAUCCACAUUUUCUGGCCCCAUAUCUCCUUAGAGUUCGCUACACGACUUCAAGCUCAAAUGUCAUUCAUAAAGAUAAUCCCACAGAAUAAAGUUUGAGAGAACCGUUGUAGCCUUCAAAUAAGCUUAUGUCUUAACAGAGGAUAGAGAAGAUACUCGAGUAUUUAUUCUAUCUUUGAAUUUCCAUUUUAUUCCAAUUAAUCUUUCCUGUACAGAUCCCAUCUCGAUUUCCCAGAUAAUGUUUAUAAAUAGAGAGUGAAAAUCAACCACCCAUCAUUUUGAUUGUC